UAGAUAAUCAAUUGAGUUGAGACUUGAGAGGCAAAGAACUCAGUGACUGACGGAGAUAGAGAUAGAGAUAGACAUAGAGAUAGAGAGAGUUGAAUCGAGACUCGAGAGGAAGAAGAAUGGAUCCAGAGCAAGUAGACGAGUUCGUCAUGGGUUACUUGAAGAAGAAAGGCUUCAACAGCGAUGGCACCAGCUUCAGCUCCAUCGAUUAUCACAACGAUCCUGACCUCACCAAGCUCAUCCGCUCCUUUUCACAAUCAGAGAAUGAUCCAUCUCGGUACCGUGAGGGUUACAGCAAGCUAAGGUCAUGGGGUGAUAACUCACUGGACCUUUAUAAGCAUGAGUUGCUCCGAGUGAUAUAUCCAGUGUUUAUUCAUUGUUACAUAAAUCUAGUGGGGAAAGGGCACACUCAAGAAGCGAGAGCCUUCUUUAACAGCUUCCGCAAAGAUCAUGAAAUGGUACAUCUACGGGAUCUUCAGAAGCUGGAAGGCGUUCUUGCUCCAUCUCAUCUACAGGAGAUGGAGUUUGCUCGUUCUCUUAGACAAAGCAAGUUCAACAUUAAAAUUUGUCAGUGUUCGUAUGAUCUGUUACUUCAGUAUCUACAUAGAACAGAAUCUACUUUAAUGCUUGGUAUUAUAAACGAGCGCAUCAAUUUCCAAGUCUACUCAGGACAGCCUAACUCCGCAUCUGAUGACAUAGAGUCUGUCACCAUUUCUGGGAGUUUUCAUGAGACAGCUGAUCACGUCAAUCAAAAAGAAAUACAUUGGGGAUUGCUUGAAGACUCGCUUGAAGAUCGCCUCCAAAAGACGGGAGGUCUACUCUCUGAUUCCGAGAAGGGACAAGGAGAAAGUAAAGCUGAUAGUAAGAAAAGAUCCAGCGAAAUUGGAAAGCAAGGCUCUUCCGUAAAGAAGUUAAAGAAGGACAAAGCAGGAAAUGCAACAGCAAAAGUUGCACGUCAGGAGACCAGCAUGGCCUUGUCGACGACACCACGUGUGAAACCGGAACUUGCCAUGCCAGUAAUGUCUACGGAUGUAGAGGAAUCCAUCCUUGAAGACCUGAGAAACCGUGUGCAGCUGAGUAGUCUCGCAAUGCCAUCUGUCAGCUUUUAUACAUUUGUUAACACUCAUAACGGGUUAAACAGUUCAUCUAUAUCUCAUGAUGGAUCUCUGGUCGCUGGUGGGUUCUCAGAUUCAUCAAUAAAGGUCUGGGACAUGGCGAAGAUAGGGCAUGCUGGCAGUUGUGCUUUGCAGGAUGAAAAUGGGAGAAGAAAUUAUACACUAUUAUUGGGUCACUCAGGACCAGUUUACUCUGCCACUUUCAGUCCUCCCGGAGAUUAUGUUUUAUCUUCUUCAGCAGAUACAACAAUAAGGCUGUGGAGCACAAAACUAAACGCCAAUCUCGUGUGCUACAAGGGUCAUAAUCACACUGUAUGGGAUGCUCAGUUUAGCCCUUCCGGGCAUUACUUCGCAAGCUGUUCUCAUGAUCGUACUGCCCGGAUUUGGUCAAUGGACCGAAUGCAUCCUCUGCGGAUGAUGGCAGGGCAUCUAUCUGAUGUUGAUUGUGUACAGUGGCAUCCCAAUUGCAACUACAUUGCAACCGGUUCUAGUGAUAAGACGGUUAGACUCUGGGAUGUCCAAACAGGGGAAUGUGUCAGGAUCUUCGUUGGACACAGGAGCAUGGUUUUGUCAUUGGCGAUGUCACCAGAUGGGAGAUAUAUGGCUUCUGGUGAUGAAGAUGGAACCAUAAUGAUGUGGGACCUCUCAACAGCUCGCUGCAUCACACCUCUCAUUGGCCAUAAUUCAUGUGUCUGGACUCUCUCUUACAGUGGAGAGGGCUCUCUUCUGGCUUCUGGAUCUGCGGACUGCACAGUGAAACUGUGGGACGUCUCCUCGAGUACCAAAUUGACAAAGGCCGAGGAAAAAAACGGUAACUCAAACAGACUGCGACCACUCAGAACUUUCCCCACAAAGUCCACACCAGUUCACGCCCUCCGAUUUUCUCGGAGAAAUCUCUUGUUUGCUGCAGGAGCGAUCUCUAAACCCGCAAGCUGAUGGAGACAAAUGUAGUGUACAUAAAAGUAUAACGUGGAAAGCUAUACAUGACAUUCAGGAAAGUUAAGAAAAUUAAGAAGAUAUGCGUCAACAUCUGUUUAAAGUAAGAUCAAUUGUUCUGUAUCUGCUGAUCAUUGAUUGAUGUAGAUUGUAUCAUAUGAUAUUACGUGGAAUGUUAGUAUACUC